AUGGCUUCUACACCAGCUGUCCCCAUUGAGGAGCAGCUCAAACAGCUCAACGCUGCUCGGAAAUUGGCCUUGGAAAACUCGGCUUACUACGACCGCAUCGUCAAGGGUGUUUUACCUGUCAUCGGACCGACAUCAUCGAUCGAGCUCAAGAGAUGGGGAGCUGAGUUUCUGGCCGAGUCGCUGGCCACUCCAGUGCUUUCGAUGCGCGACAAGGAGAGCUUAACGCUCUCGGUACUUGACACGCUCAAGUCGUUAUUGGAGAGUGAGCAGGAUGAUGCGAUUGUGCUGAAGGCUAGCAUUGCUGCCGCGGCGAGCGCGUACCCAGUUGUUUUGAGGUGGAUUAUUCACAACAGCUAUCACACAGAGGCUUGGGAACAAAUCUCAGCGAUAAAAUCGAGGAUCCUCAGAAUCUGGGAUGGAGCCCCGGCCCCCGUCAGACUAAGCUGCAUCAAGUUUGCGCAGCGUGUUGUGCUCGCCCAAACAACGUCCAACGGUCAGGAGGUCAAGUAUGGUGGACUCGACAUUUCGCUGGGCAUGGUGCCGGCGAACCACCCUUUGCUAGACCCACGACUGAUGGAGGCAGAGGCUACUGGCCUUCUCGACCGGAUGUUGGGGGUGCUACAGGAUAACAGCAACGAUGCUCUCCUUGUCGAUGCGACCUUGAACUGCCUUUCGAUCCUGAUCCGAACCAGGCCAAGCACUUCGAACCGCAUCAUUAAUUGUGUGCUCAACUUUAACCCUCUCAAGUUGGCCAACUCACCCAUGACGCCGAAAAACAAGGUGCUCAUGAAGUCGAUGGAGAAGACGACCCGGAUGCUCAUGAUUAAUAUUUUGAAGAGGCAUGUGGAUCCCAAUAAUCAACACAGCGGCCGUGUCCAGCAGUAUGUUGAGCGGUUGAUGCGCUCUCGCGCCGAGAUAUUCGAUGAAGCGGGUCGGAAGAGACAGCUUGCUGACCAAGCGGCUGCCCAAUAUGGCGAUCUCAAGAGACAGAAGGUGCAGGAUGCUUUUGCUGCCGCUCCCGAACCUGCCGCGCCAGCACAGCCAGCCGUGAUCCCGCCAUUAGCACCAGGACCUCAGACUCUUGCUGCCGUCUUCACGUUGACCAAUAACCCUGGUCUCCAGGCCUUUGAUGCUACCAGCAUUCCCGCCAACCUAGUGGCCAAGAUUGUGGCUAGGACGCUCAAUACUCUGGACCAAAGUGUCUUGGACUUUGCGGUAAACGGUAUAAGAAGUCGUCUUCACACUCUUCAGGCUGCUGCGGUGACGGCGGCAGCCCAGUAUGCCGCCCAUGGAGCUGCGGGUUUACCUGGUGCUAUCAACCCUGCUACGGCACCUUUGGGAGUGGAAGAGGAUGACGAUGAUUACGAGCCCAACCUUGACGCGGCGGAAGAUACGGAGCAGAUUCUCAACAAGCUCGACAAUGCACCCCCUGAGACGGCGCUCGACGAAUAUGCCGAUCCCAACGCUGCCCUCGGCCUCGGCCCAUUCACCCUCGCACCACCACCCCUGAUCGACGCCGACGUGGCCUCUAAACUCAGCUCCGCCGCGGCCUCCCGCCUCUUUGGCCCUCUAUCCUCUUUAUCAUCAGAAGGCCCAAGCAAGAAGCCAAAAGCGGGCAUCAACCGCCUUGCCGCCUCGUCGUAUGAUCGCGAUUCCUGGCUCACCGUUGCCACUCGACUCGCCACCCGCAGCACAUUCGGCCUCGAAGAAGAAGAACAAGAAGAAGAACAAACCUCAGCAGUCAAAUCCGAAGAAGGCGCCGUCUCCCACCCGUUGGCCUCCACCUUUAACCAAUCCAUCCGCGAGAUGUUAUUCACCUACAUACUCGAAGACUGGCGGCCGAGAAUAGAAGUCGCGGUCGCGUGGCUCAGCGAGGAGUGGUACAAUGACCAGCUCACCAAGCGGACGGGGCUGAGGAACGCGCCGCUGCACUACGAGACGUGGGCGCUGAGGUUGCUGGACGGGUUCAUGACUUUUAUCACGGCGCAGGAUAAAGUCUUGACGAGGUUUUUGGCCGAAAUUCCGGAGCUGAGCGGGGAGUUGCUUGGGAGGCUGAAGACGCUGUGUGGGGAUCCGAAUACUUUGGGCUUAGCGAUGACGAGCUUGUUGUAUCUUGUUAUGAUGAGGCCACCUGCGAGGGAGUUGGCGUUGGAUACGGUUGGGGGGAUUUGGGUUGAGUAUGAGGAGGCGAGACCGCUGGCUGCGAAAUACUUGAGCAAGUGGCGGCCGGGGUGGGUUGAGCAGCAGAUGCACUUGCAGGCUGCGAAGGCUGUGGCUGGGGGUGGUGGGGAUGGGGCUGCUGGUAUUGCUGCUUAG